AUGUUGGAAUUUCCUCAUCCUCCAAACUUCAUCAAGGAGAUUCUGGUCAGCGAACAUCGUGCUCUGCUGGAAGACUUUCAUGAGGCACACAUGAAUUAUACGCUGACGGCCAACCUCCCACCCUACGUUAACCUACCCAGGAACGCGCCGCAUGUAGCCAUCUUAGAAGAGCUACACAAGGCUAACGUAGACCCCGCGACUGGCAUUGGGCUUCCGGUGUUACGCGGCCUCCUCAACGACGUGAAGCGAUUAAUUUACGACGGCAGCCACACGCUCAGCUUUGGUUUCUACUCCAAGCGUGCAGCUCAAAGCUGGGUGAAGAAAGCCUUACGCUUCCAGCGUGCCGUGAUUUCACUCCAUGACACGGUGCGCCGACCCCAAGAUGAAGGAACGGCUGGAGCGCUGGGUCUUGCCGCACUGGCACGAGCGAUGUCGCAGUUUGCAGGAGCUAAAGUCCUCGAUGUUGAAUAUCCACGGUCGCAGAAAACGGAUAUCUAUGACAACAGAUUCCACAAAGUCAAGUUUGCUCAAGCCAAGUGUCCUGACGCUCUGAUGGGGGUCACACGGGUUGACUUAAACGGAACGAUGAUAACUCUCCAUCACUUCCAAGCCAAUUUACGAUUUCCGUGCACGCGAUGCUUCAAUGCAAGACACAGUGCUAAAAUGUGCAAGGUCCCUGGUCGUCUACUCGCCAAGACGCAAGCUCGGUUUUCGCGAGUAUACAAGGGUGAGGUGACUAAGGUUACACCGGCAGGAGACUCGGCGUACCGGGUGAACUCAGUUACGGAGCUUCUCGCUCUUUUCACGGCACAGCAAGACGAGUUGGCGCAAAAUGGCUCGGCCUUAUUGGAACGUACGGAGGUAGUGACAACGGCGAACGACACUAGUUCUAUCGCGCCCAGUGCCUCCAGUCCAGCGUUGACUACACCAGCUGACGUGCGACUGGAUGCAGCUUCAUCGCUCACUGCUCGCGACGAUGGCUUCGCUGUAAAGAGGUCGAAGAAGGAUCAACGCGCAGUAAAGAAGACGGAGCAGACGUCUCACUCGACGCAGUCUGCGGCUAAGAACGCUAAGACCUCGGCAGCGGUCGGAGCUAAGACCUCCAAAUCCAGCACAAAACAAAAGCCAAGUGCGAAGGCCAAAUCACGCACGAAGCAAGCUACCGGAUUUGCGGCUUUUCAACGUGCGGAGGCGCUCGGUCAAUAUGGUCCAUUAGCCGAUGAUGAUAGUGAUGAGGACGACAGUGUAGACGACGACAUGGAUAUAUCGGAUUCUGAAGUGCACCAUCAUGACGACGACGAGGCCCCAUACGCGUAUGCGGAUUCGACGGGGGAACGCCACGCUACCGAUAUGGAGGUAGAUACUAACUUUCCUGGCGAUUCACCGGAGGAUGCUGGGGUCGCUACUGCCCAUGAAGAACGUCAGCGCGAUGAUGAUCAAGAACGGGUUGUGGUAAAGAAAAAAGCUCGCAGAGACGUACCCACGGUUGCGGCUGCUGCUAAUCCAGAUGCUGUUGCAAUCGCGUCGACGGAACUUGUGCAGCGGUCAAUGGCAGACUAUGUGCACACCAGCCAAGCUAUCAUUGACAGUGAGGCCGAGAUUGUCACCGCGGCCUCGACGGAGAUCCUUCCGCCGAGCCCAGCCUCUGACGAGGAGUUCACCAUGGGAGCCCCGCAUGCGGGUACUGAGGUUGGAGAUAGUGAUCUACCAAUUCCUUUGCCGCUUUGGCUCAAGGAUUUUCAGGGAAACCCCGUGGAUGUGGCUGCCAACGGACAGUGCGCCAUCCUUGCGCUGCACGCUACGACAACAAAUUAUGAUGGACAAUUGUUGCCCAAAACGUCGAAGGUAACGAGAGGCGCCAACAAAUUGAAACGAUUUGUCUACACUAUCAUGUUGGCGAAUCUUCACAAAGAUGUGGAGCUAGGUCUCGUCGACCCAGUGUCUGAGAUCCGACGGCUGUAUCCUAAUCGCCAGCACGGCGACGGUAUUGCCAGUGCCACCGCUAGUCUGUUCAACCACUAUAUCCAGGAGAGAGAUCGCUGUGUUUCGGCAACAGUACCAUCAAGCUUUUGGGCGGGAACUCACGAGCUCCGUGCAAUGGCUCAGUAUAUGCGUGAACCACUGCUUGUGCUGGAUGUGGACGAACAUGGGGAUGCACACGUACAUAUAUACAUGUACAAAACGUAUCGUACAUCAAGCGGAUCUGAUCACGAAUCCGGAUAUAGCAAGGUGCUUAACGAUAGAGCUGCGAAAGCAUACCUUGAGGAGUGUGGGAUGCUACACACGGUGCCAACAUUUCUCAUCCUCUACCACGACAAGCAUCAUUUCAAUGGCACACCUCGUAUGAGUGGCUGA